AUGGAGGAGAUCGGCUUAGCCUUGAAGGUGGAGGAAGUGGAAGAAGAGGAAGAGGUCGAGGAGACGGCUGGAGCGCCUUCUCCCCGGCCGAUGGCGGGGCUGAACGAGGUGGGGCCGCCCCCGUUCCUGACGAAGACCUACGACAUAGUGGAGGAUCCGGAGACCGAUGCGCUGGUCUCGUGGAGCUCCGGGAGGAACAGCUUCAUCGUGUGGGACUCCCACGCCUUCGCGAGUACUCUUCUCCCAAAAUACUUCAAGCAUAGCAACUUCUCCAGCUUCAUCCGGCAGCUAAAUACAUAUGUGAGUUCUUCUCUCCAUCAAUUUUAGCUUAGUUUCUCCCACUCCCCCGCAUUUAUUGCCGGAGCUGAUCUAGCUGCGUGUUUCUCUCGUGUACCUGAAAUAUGAAUUGUUUAUGAUCUUUCUAGGUUUCUGAGAAUCCACUCCUACUUGCUGAUCGCGGCCUCUGUUUUGAUCGGCAAGUUUUAUGAUGCUCUGCACUCCUCGAAGAGGUUUGGAUCUGGUUACAGAACAACAAUCCAAUCUAAGAACCGUUAUCCAAACUAAAGAGGCCCGGCGGCAGAAUUUCCCAUAGUAUUUAUAAGCAUGAUGGAUUUAGUCCGAAGAUGAAAAAACUACCAGUCUUCCUUCACGUUCCUGCUGGAAGCAGAAAUUUUAUAUGAUUUUUUUUAAAAGCCGAGGGUGCUGAUCCACACUCGUUACUGCCUGAAAAAUUAACUUAUAAUCCUCUCUGCCCUGCUAGCACUGUCCCGAUGGAGGAAUAUACAAUAAACUACGCUGAUAAACCUGUUGUUUAUUUGUGAUAAUUCUCUUUCAUCCUCGGAAUGGCGCAGCCGAUGCCGACUACGAUAUUAUGAUGUUCCUGAACAAACUUACCCACCAAUGCACGGCCACCAUGAUCGCAGGGAUUUCGAAAAGUCGAUCCAGACAGGUGGGAGUUCGCCAACGAAUCAUUCGUGGGAGGCCAGAAGCACCUCUUAAAAAGCAUCAGGAGGAGAAGGAACUCCCUUCACAGCGCGCUGCAGCAGAGUGGGGCGGGACCCUGCGUAGAGCUGGGGCAGUUCGGUCUCGAAACGGAAGUGGAGCAGCUGCGGAGGGACCGGAGCAUUCUAAUGAUGGAGAUCGUCAAGCUGAGGCAGCAGCAGGAGAGCUCUCGAGCGCAGCUCCGCUCCAUGGAGGAUCGCCUACAGGGCACCGAGAGGAAGCAGCAGCAGAUGAUGACUUUCCUGGCCAGGGCCCUGAAGAAUCCCUCCUUCUUCCACCAGCUCGUCCACCACAAUGACCAGAGGAGGCAUCUGGACGGCGUCCGCCGCAAGCGGAGGCUUCCGGCCACCCCCAGCUCAGAGGACCUCCCUGCCGUGGAAGAGACGACGGCCGAGCCCGACGUGGACACGUUGCUCACCGCCGUGGAAAGUGAGGCCGGUACCUCUACCGAUCCUCCGGCGAGCGAAACCUUGUUCGGCCUGGGCAGCGUCAACGACGUCAUGUGGGAGGAGAUUCUCCGCGAGGACAUGCUGUCCGGUAAGGUGGAGGUGGCGGCGGCGGCGGAGGACCGGUCGGAAAUCAACUUCCCGAUGGAGGAUUUCCCGCUGGCGUGGGGGGGGAGCAUGAACGACCUGGCGGAGCAGAUGGGUUAUCUUGGAUCAUCGAGCCCUUGA